UCUGGUGUACGAGGGGGUCUAUUCACUUUUUCAAGACUGAAGGGGAAAUACCGUAGAAACCGCAGGGUUAAAUAUCGUUUUCACAGUCUUUGCUCUGUUAUUCGUGGGGAGUUCUCACCAUGUCUACGAAAGCAGAACAAUUUGCCUCUAAGAUUCGCUACUUGCAAGAGUAUCACAACCGUGUGCUACACAAUAUUUACCCUGUGCCGUCUGGAACAGACAUUGCAAAUACACUGAAAUACUUUUCACAAACCCUCCUCAGCAUCCUGUCGCGUACAGGCAGGAAGGAGAGCCAGGAAGCUUCCAAUUUGGCCGUGCCCAUGACCAUGUGUCUUUUUCCUGUGCCAUUCCCACUCACCCCAUCUCUAAGACCACAAGUCAGUUCCAUCAACCCUACAGUUACUCGCUCCCUCCUUUACAGCGUUCUGCGGGACGCCCCGGCCGACCGGGGGGGGGCCACCCAGCAAAGUCGGGACGCUCAGCUCUCAGAGUACCCCUCUCUGGACUAUCAGGGGCUUUAUGCCACCCUCGUCACGUUGCUUGACCUGGUGCCCCUGCUGCAGCACGGUCAGCACGAUCUGGGCCAGGCCAUAUUUUACACAACAACCUGCCUGCUACCCUUUCUCAGUGAUGAUAUUCUCAGCACAUUGCCCUAUACAAUGAUCUCCACUUUAGCCACCUUCCCUCCUUUCCUACACAAAGACAUCAUAGAAUACCUGAGCACAUCCUUCCUUCCUAUGGCUAUACUGGGUUCAACUCGAAGAGAAGGGGGAGUCCCAGCAUACGUUAAUCUCUCAGCUUCCUCUAUGCUGAUGAUUACUAUGCAGUAUACGUCCAACCCAGUGUACCACUGUCAGCUUUUGGAGUGCUUGAUGAAAUAUAAGCAGGAAGUGUGGAAGGAUCUUCUUUAUGUGAUAUCGUAUGGGCCAUCCCAAGUAAAACCCCCUGCUGUUCAAAUGCUCUUCCACUACUGGCCAAACCUCAAGCCCCCUGGUGCAAUUAGUGAGUACAGGGGACUUCAGUACACAGCUUGGAAUCCUAUUCACUGCCAACACAUCGAAUGUCAGAAUUCUAUUAAUAAACCUGCAGUAAAGAUGUGCAUCGACCCUACUCUCUCUGUUGCCCUGGGAGACAAGCCCCCUCCUCUCUAUAUCUGUGAAGAAUGUAGUCAGAGGAUUGCUGGAGACCAUGCAGAGUGGCUUGUUGAUGUUCUUUUACCUCAAGCUGAAAUAUCGGCUAUAUGUCAGAAGAAGAACUGCAGCUCCCAUGUGAGGCGCGCCGUCGUCACCUGCUUCUCGGCUGGCUGCUGCGGUCGCCAUGGCAACCGCCCAGUGCGAUACUGCAAGCGUUGCCAUGUCAACCAUCACAGCAGUGAGGUGGGGGCCUCAGCAGAGACUCAUCUGUACCAGACGUCCCCUCCUCCCAUCAACACACGGGAGUGUGCGGCUGAGGAGCUGGUGUGCACCGUGGAGUCUGUCAUCAGCCUGCUGAAAGAGGCAGAGAUCCACGCAGAGCAGCGGGAGCUCGAGAUGAACCGCCGGCGUCAGAUGGGCCUCUCCACCUCCCACCAUUCGCUGGACAACCUGGAAUUUGACAACAAAGAGGAUGAUCAGCAUGACCAGAGAUUGCUCAGUCAGUUUGGGAUCUGGCUCCUGGUGAGCCUGUGUGCCCCCAGUGAAAACACUCCCACGGAGAGCCUGGCACGGCUGGUGAGCAUGGUCUUCCAGUGGUUCCACUCCACCGCCUACAUGAUGGACGACGAGGUGGGCAGUUUGGUGGAGAAGCUCAAGCCGCAGUUUGUGACCAAGUGGCUCAAGACGGUGUGCGAUGUGCGCUUUGAUGUCAUGGUCAUGUGCCUGUUGCCCAAGCCAGUGGAAUUUGCCAGGGUGGGUGGCUAUUGGGAUAAAUCCUGCAGUACAGUUUCACAGCUGAAGGAGGGCCUGAACCGCAUCCUCUGCUUGAUCCCUUAUAAUGUCAUCAGCCAGCCAUUGUGGGAGUGCUUUAUGCCAGAAUGGCUGGAGGCCAUCCGCACUGAGGUGCCAGACAACCAGCUCAAGGAGUUCCGGGAAGUCCUUAGCAAGAUGUUUGAUAUAGAAUUAUGUCCACUUCCCUUUUCCAUGGAGGAGAUGUUUGGUUUCAUAAGUUGCAGAUUCACAGGAUACCCUGCAUCAGUACAAGAACAGGCCUUAUUGUGGCUCCAUGUGCUGUCACAGCUGGACAUUGUUGUACCACUACAGCUCUUGAUUGGCAUGUUUUCAGAUGGUGUGAACUCUUUGAAAGAACUGGCCAAUCAGAGGAAAGCUCGAGCUGCCGACCUAACAGGAAAUGCAGGGGCCAGAAGGGUGAGUGUAGUAUCAGACCCUGGCAGAAGGGGGCAGCACAACACUCUGAGUCCAUUUCCCAGUCCGUUCCGGAGCCCCUUCCGCAGCCCUCUCCGUUGCAGCCCUUUUAAGAACCUGGGUCAUGCCACGGGCAACUGUGCUCUAGACCUGGACUGUGAUGAUGAUGACAUGAACCUGGGCUGCUUCAUCCUCAUGUUUGACCUCAUCCUCAAGCAGAUGGAGCUGCAGGAUGAUGGAGUGAUGCUGGGAUUGGAGGGCAGUCUGGGCAGGGACAUUGUGGGCAUCAUUAACAGCGUGUUCCAGGCACCCUGGGGUGGCUCGCAUACCUGCCAGAAGGAUGAGAAGGCUCUGGAGUGCACCCUGUGCCAGUCCAGCAUCCUCUGCUACCAGCUGGGCUGUGAGCUCCUACAGAGACUCACCCCUCCUGAGGAGAUACGCCUGGUGCAGGAGCCUGUUGAUAGUCUUGAGGAGAGUCUAGUGUUUCCCCAGUCUGAGCUGUGUCUCAAACCAGAGAGCAUUACAGAGGAGGGUGACAAUGCAUCUGGCAUUAGCCCAGACAACCCUGGCAACCAGAGUCAUUCCCCAGUCAACCCACCUUUAAAGAAUAAUGCUGACAGGAAAUUCUCCUACCAGCAGCUUCCUGCUUCACUCAGGCUUAUCUACACCAUACUACAGGAAAUAGCUAAGUUUGAGGAGCCGGAUAUCCUAUUCAACAUGCUGAACUGUCUGAAGAUCCUGUGUCUUCAUGGGGAAUGUCUGUACCAUGCCCGCAAAGACCACCCUCAGUUCCUGGCCUACAUCCAGGAGAAGAUGCUUAUUCCCAGUCUGUGGUCUAUGCUGAAGUCUGAGUUCUGCCAGCUGGCCUCCCUAGCAGUGCCUCAGCUGCUCCACGCUCUCACGCUGUCCCACGGCGCUGACAUAUUUUGGAGGCUGGUUGACAGCAGUUUCAACAACAAAGACUGGAAGAUUCGCUUUGAAGCAGUCGAGCGAGUUGCAGUGCUGUGCCGCUUUUUGGACAUCGGCUCGGUCACUAAGAGCCACCUGCUGAAGUACUCACUGGCCCAUGCCUUCUGCUGCUUCCUGGCCAGUGUGGAGGAUGUCAACCCUGCUGUGGCCACCAGGGCCAGGCUACUACUGGACACCAUUAAACGACCCUCACUACAGGGCCUGUGUCUUUGUAUGGACUUCCACUUUGACACGGUGGUAAGAGACCGGCCCACCAUCCUGAGCAAACUGCUCCUGUUGCACUCUCUGAGACAUGACAUCCCUGCACUGAGCUGGGAAUUCUUUGUGAACCGCUUCGAGACUCUGUCCCUGGAGGCUCAGCUGCACCUGGACUGCAACAAGGAAUUCCCUUUUCCUACCACCAUUACAGCGGUGAGGACUAAUACAGCCAACCUCAGUGAUGCAGCUAUGUGGAAGAUCCGAAGGGCACGCUUUGCACGAAAUCGACAGAAGAGUGUGCGUUCACUCAGAGACAGCGUGAAGGGCACAUCCGAAUCCAAACGUGCCUUCUCUCUCCCUGAGACACUCUGCAACAAACUGCCUCUAAGGCUUACAAGACAAGAGCAGUCUGCACCCACGCUCAGAGAUAUGCUAGAGAAAGUACUACCAGCCCACCAGCCGGGGCAGAGCUCUCCUCCAGAGGAUGAUUCAGUCAUCAAGGAUCUUCUCCCAGAGGAUGCCGGCAUAGACCACCAGACAGUCCACGCCCUCAUCAUGGUGCUGAUGAAGUUCAUGGCGAAGGACAAGAGCAGUGCUGAGGCUGACAUCGGCAGUGCCAAAGCAUUCAAUACGGUGAAAAGGCACCUCUAUGUCCUGCUGGGCUAUGACCAGCAGAUGGGCUGCUUCAUGAUCGCCCCUCAGAAAAUGCGCUCCUCCACCUGCUUCAAUGCAUUCAUCGCUGGCAUUGCACAGGUGAUGGACUACAACAUCAGUCUGGGGAAGCAGUUGCUGCCCCUGGUGGUGCAGGUACUGAAGUACAGCACAUGCCCUCAGCUCCGACCCAACUUCCAGGAAGCGCCACGCUGUUCCUUAUGGGCACUGAGGCCACACAUCAGACAAAUGUGGCUCAAGGCCUUACUUGUUAUUCUCUACAAGUACCCAUACAGGGACAUGGAUAUGAGUAAAGAGGUUGUUCUGCACCUGAUCCACAUCACCAUCAACACCCUGAACGCGCAGUACCACAGCUGCAGACCCCACAUCUCAGCGGGACCGCUCUACAGCGACAACUCUAACGUCAGCCGCUACAGCGAGAAAGAGAAGGAGGAGGACAGUGUGUUUGACGAAUCAGACAUACACGACACUCCGACAGGAGCGAGCAACAAGGAAUCGCAGACCUUCUUUGCUCGUCUUAAGAGGAUCGGGGGCAGCAAGUCUGUCAAGUAUCAGCCAGUGGAGCUCAAUGCUCAGAGGAGUGAAAUUGAGUUGGCGGAGUACCGGGAGGCAGGCCCCCUGCAGGACAGCCUGCUGGCCCCGGCACGGGAUGAGGGUGGUAGCAAGAAGAAGCGUUUGCAGGCUAUGCACAAGCAGAAGUCCCUUGACAUCUCCAAUGCUGACUCCAUCCUUUUCAGCCUGGAUGAGCAUCGCCGCAAGUCAUGCAUCGACCGCUGUGACCUGCAUGGGCCGCCACCCCCGCCCCCCUCAUCCUCCUGCUCCACAGCGAGGCAGUCACGGCGGGCAGAGCGCCGCAGCAAAGCCUCCUUUGAUGGCUCAUCAGGCGCUGAUGGACCAGGUUCUAAUAUGCCUAUUGAUGGCAUCAGGCCCGUUAUUCCUGAGGUCCGACUGAGCUGCAUGGAGACGUUCGAAGACAAAUCCUCAGGGCUGGACUCGCCUCUGGCGGUUUUGAAGCCUCCUCAUGGCAAGGAAGAUGGCGACCUGAUUGAUCUAUCUUCCGACUGCACUUCCAUACCAGAAAAGCGCUCCAUUCUCUCGCUGUCUGACAGCGACUCACUGGUCUUUGAGCCUCUCCCGCCACUGCGCAUUGUCGAGAGUGAUGAGGACUUGUUUGAGGCACUUUCGAAGCCACUGACUGGGAUGCAGAGCAAAUCCGAGCAUCCGUCACCCACAUCUGCCAGCACUGUCAUGCGUCUGUCCCCGGUUGUCCAAGUCAGUGUGCAAGACUGCUCCAGGGAGAGGACGAGCAGAUCCAGCAGCUCAGCUAAGGGGAGCCCUGCACAGGCCACAGAGCACAGGUCUCCCUCUAUGACCCCCACUGCCUCCCUUGAGCUCCCUGACCCCACGCACCAACCUGGAGGCCUGGAGAGCCCCAUGACUUUGAAGCAGAAGAGAAACCUGUUCAGAAAGACGUCCCAUGUACCCGAUACCUCCGAAGAUGAUGGGUGCACACUGCCUGAGGACAAAGUGUCAGGAAGCCCGGCAGGGAGGUCUGUGUACCUCAGCGUCCCCGAGGACACUCUGGACAGCCUGGAUCCACUGAAAGCUGCCAAAGGGGAAGGGGACACACACGUCGAAGAUGAGAAUGAUGCUGAAGAUGACGAUGACACCGGUGACGAGAGAGACAGCAAUCCCAAGCCUGAUGAUGAGAGCGACGAGGCUGAGUUCAAGAUCCAGAUCGUACCUCGGCAGCGCAAACAGAGGAAGAUAGCAGUGAGCGCAAUCCAAAGGGAAUACCUGGACAUUUCCUUUAGCACUCUCGACCAGAUGGGUGAACAAAGCACAGAUGCAGAUCCCAAAUCUCUGUCCAAACUGGAAAAGCCGCGAGGAUCGGCCUCAGCCCCGGCUCUCGAGGCCUCUGCCCCAGAAACGAGCAACCGAUCCUCAGUAACGACUCAGUACCGCCAGGUGAAGCGUGGCUCUCUGGGAGCCGUGACGAUGACUCACCUGAUGAAAAGGCAGCUGGAGCACCAGUCCAGCGCACCACACAACAUCAGCACGUGGGAAACAGCAGGUCCCACGAAGACCAGCCUGCUGUCAGCUCCCAGCACAGUGAGCAUGUUUGUGCCUGCGCCUGAGGACUUCAGCGAUGAGCAACCUACCAACAUGGCUGACAGAUGUCGUGACUGCGGGGCUGUGUUGGAGGAGUAUGAUGAGGAGACACUGGCUUUGGCUGUGGUGGUUCUCUCUAUGUUCAUCCACCUGAGCCCAGAUCUGGCUGCUCCACUCCUCCUGGACAUCAUGCAGUCAGUGGGAAGGUUGGCAUCCAGUGCCAGUUUCUCUGGCCAGGCUGAAAGUAUGCUGAUCCCUGGUAACGCCGCUGGUGUGGCUAAGCAGUUCCUGCGCUGUGUGCUCCACCAGCUCGCCCCUAACGGCAUCCUGCCGCAGCUCUUCCAGAGCAACAUCAAAGAUGGGAGCUUCCUUCGCACACUGGCCACAUCUCUUAUUGAUUUUAAUGAACUGAGCUCUGUAGCAGCUUUAAGCCAGCUUCUUGAGGGGUUGAACAAUAAGAAGAGUUUGCCAGCAGGGGGCGCAAUGCUCCACUGCUUGGACAACAUUGCCACAUUCAUGGAGGCUCUUCCUAUGGACUCCCCUAGUAACCUCUGGACAACCAUCUGCAACCAGUUCCAAACCUUCUUGACUAAGCUUCCUGCUGUACUGCCUUUGAAGUAUCCACUAGACUCCAGCUUGAGAAUCAUCAUCUGUUUACUGAAGAUACCGACUGCUAAUGCCACCAGAAGUUUGCUGGAACCCUCCUCCAAAUUGCUGAGCUUCGUUAUCCAGUAUGGCGUGUUCAGCCUCUCCUACCUCGUCGAGCUCUGUGGCCUCUGCUACAAAACCUUUAGUAAGGAAAGGGACAAAUUCUACAUGUCCCGGGUUGUGGUCCUGGAGUUACUGCAAGCACUGAAGUUCAAGUCUUCGAUUCCUGACACUAAUCUUUUACUCCUGGUCCAGUUUGUAUGCACUGACAUCGGAACCCGGCUAGCUGAGUCAACAAUUCUACAAAAGCACAUGAUCUCAUCUUUGCCUGGGUGCACAACAGCUGCCAUGGAGUGUUUGAGGCAGUACCUCAGUGAGCUGCUAGAUUUCAUUGCAGACAUGCACACUCUGACCAAAUUAAAGAGUCAUAUGAAGGCAUGCUCACAGCCGCUUCAUGAGGAUACAUUUGGUGGGAAUCUAAAAGUAGGCUUAGCCCAGGUAGCUGCCAUGGAAAUCAGUAAAGGCAAUCACCGUGACAACAAGGCAGUGAUUCGUUACCUACCAUGGCUAUAUCACCCGCCCUCUGCUAUGCAACAGGGGCCCAAAGAGUUCAUUGAAUGUGUUUCUCACAUCCGCCAACUCUCCUGGCUUCUGCUGGGCUCUCUUACCCACUGUGCUUUGCAUCAGGGCUCCACAUCCUGUAUGCCCAUUCCACUGGACGCCGGCUCUCACAUCGCAGACCACCUCAUUGUCAUCCUCAUUGGAUUCCCAGAGCAGUCCAAGACCUCAGUGCUACACAUGUGCUCCCUGUUCCAUGCCUUCAUGUUCGCACAGCUGUGGACCAUCUACUGUGAACAGGCGGCCGCAGCACCAGCUGGCCAGAACCAGAACCAGAAUGAGUUCUCCUCUGGGGCCAUCCUCACGGGCCUGGAGUUCUGGAGCCGUGUCACACCCAGCAUCCUCCAACUCAUGGCCCAUAACAAAGUAAUGGUGGAAAUGGUGUGUUUGCAUGUCAUCAGUCUGAUGGAAGCGUUACAAGAAUGCAAUUCAACCAUUUUUGUAAAGUUAAUUCCUAUGUGGUUGCCAAUGAUUCAGUCUAACCUAAAUCACCUGUCUGCAGGUCUCCAGCUGCGUCUGCAGGCCAUCCAGAACCGAGUGAACCACCAGGGCCUCCAGGGGUCUCCUUCCGGCUCCUUUCCUUUCGCCCUACGCAAAUGGCUACAGUGCACUCAGUUUAAAAUGGCUCAAGUGGAGAUCCAGUCCUCAGAGGCUGCCUCCCAGUUCUACCCCAUGUGACACACACUCCUGUAGGAGCGCCUGCAAGACCAGCACACACUCUGCUCCAGACAGCACACUCUUUUUCUGUGAACACAAGCGUAGUUAUAUUUUGCAGCUCCGUUUUUGUGUGUAUGACCUGAGUUAUACUACUGUUUGUGGGUUUUGGCAACAGCAAUUAUGCAGUAGCAAAUGCAGCCUAACAGUGUAUACCUUAACUGAGGUCUGUGAUCGCAUGCAAUCUUCAUGGUCAUGCAUAAGGCAAGUGAAGUCAUUAAGGAAACAUUGGCACAGAAUAUUAAGAUGUCAGAACAGCAGGAGGUGAUACAAACAGAUACAGGAGUCUUCCUACUGUGUGGGUGGGUGAGCGAGAUGUGGACAAUUAUGCCCUAUCAUGAUAAGCAUUUGGGUGGUCCCACUGUGGAAUAUAUUUAUUUAUUUAUCUAUUAAACAGAAAUGCAGCUUUGAAUUUUUUUUUUUUUUAGCUCAAACAUUUAAUUUGGUUACUGAGUUUAAGGUUAGGUUUAGGUUUGAAUGUAGCAUUAUUAGUAUAUAUAAGUAAAGCAUUAUUUAGCUAAAUUAUUCCACAUGUCACUGGAAAGACUCCACAAUCAUGUUAAUACAAGUGUGUGUGUGUGUGUGUUUGUGUGUGUGUGUGUUUGUGUGUGUGUGUGUGUGUGUGUGAGAGAGAAAGAGAGACAGAAGUAUGAGAUAUGGGAAUCAUACUACCCUUCAUGUGAACAGAAGCUGAAAGAAUAAUGUUAAAUGUAGAGGGCUUAUAAAAACACUUUACAGAUAUUGAACCAUAUGUUUUGAAUAUGUUUAUUCCUUUUAAGUAAAAAAAUAAAACAGAAGUUUUCUA